CAUCGUUCAACCGUUGAUCUCUCUCGCGGACACCUCCGCGGAUGCCUGGUCUCGCUUGGCCAAAAACCUUGCUAAUAUGUCUCGCGGGCGUAUUAUCUCUCUCAAGUCCCAAUUAGCAAAGAAUCCUCGUGGGAAUCGCACCAUCGAUGCCUUCGUUGCGGACAUGACAACCAUUGCGUCUGACCUUGCCCUUGCCGGCAGCCCGGUCACAGAUGAGGAUCUCUCGGUUCACAUCAUGUCUCAGCUUGGAGAAGACUAUUCAGCUCUUUAUCAGUCAUUACGGGGGUGUAACACUGAUAUUUCUAUCGAUGAACUCACCACUAUUUUGAAGGAUUGUGAGCGUGAAAUUCUCAAUCGCGCAUCUGCUGCGUCCGAUCUUGUCCCUACGGCAAAUCACGCACAUCGCAUGCGUGGUGGUGAUCGUGGAAGUUCUUUUGGACGUGGUGGCCGUGGUGGUAUGCGUGGUCGGGGUACCAUAAACCCCACUUCUGGACGCUACUGCCGGUUUUGUGAUCUGGCGAGUCAUGACACUAAGUUUUGCCGGAAACUUCAGCGGUUUCUAAAGGAUAAUAAUGUCACAAUUGCUCCUCCUCAUCAUGACUGCCCUGCCGCGCAUGUCACGGUUUCUAAUGGAAGCCGUAGCACCUCGGAUGCCCAAUGGAUUGUUGACAGUGGCGCCUCUCAUCACGUUGCUCAUGAUCCUCAUGCGCUCAGCUCCCUCAUGGAGUAUGGUGGACCGGAUGAAAUUCGCUUGGGUGAUG